AUGGAACUUGUCUGGCUCGCCGAUACACCGCAAGGUAGACGACGCAGUAGGGCUUUGAGGGCAUGUGCCCACUGUCAGAGGAAAAAGAAACGAUGCCGUCAUCUUGCCACUGAGGAUGUUUUUAACCUGCAAAGCAAUCAACGCCGUGGAGGCACAGUUCCUGAGUUACCCCAAAGAGAGCAACAGCCCCAGGACAAUGUUGCUCAAUCGCUUCUUGAUACCAAUUCAUCUACAACGGUUACAACGGUUACAACGGCCCGGACAACAUCUAUCACUCCGAGUCUCCACAAGAGCUCACGCACAGAACGCUUUGUUGGAGAUUUGAACCCAGAAGCCGUAAUACGCGAGAAAUUAGAUUUCGCCAACGGAAUCCAGCUGCGAGACCGAAUUGGCCUCUGGGUCAGUUCCCCAUCUGUUCAGACUCGUGAAGAGCAUAUAUCUCACUCCGAAUCUACUCGGGCCCAUGAUGCUACCAGCCACCACGGCCCCGGGUUGCGAUCGGUUGCUUCUUCAUUACACCAGCAGUCUGAAUUUGCAUUCAAGGCCUGUGAGCGCUUGCCUGAAUCGACGCGGAAUCAUCUCCUACCGAUCUAUUUCACUAAAGUCAAUCAUAUAUUGCCCCUUGUCGACCCAGAUUCUUUGCUUUCACCUCACGCCGGAGAUUCGAUAUCUGUGUUUCUAGAACGCGCAGUAUGUCUAGUAGCAGCAAAAGAUCGCGCAGCUGAACCUUAUCUGCGCCUAUGUGAAGAAGGUCAGGUCAUGACGUCCCGUCAAUUCUGCUCUGAGAUAUACGGUGAACUUGUGGUUGCCAUGAAUGUCGGCUUGGAAGCCGACAGGAUCACCCGCAUCCGUAUUAUGGCGCUCAUGUCUCUGCAUUGCGAAGGCUAUGAAGGUGCCGAAUCGGCCUCAAUGCAUCUUUGCCAGGCAAUUCACCAGGCUCAGACAGUGGGCCUACAUCUUCAUCGUCCUGGUCGGAAGCCGGAAGAUUCUCUAUCAAGUCUCUUUUGGUGCUUAUGGACUUUGGACAGAAUGCAUGCCUGCUUAGGCGGCCGCCCCGUUCUUAUGUCUGAACGUGACAUCGGAAUUGCAAAACCUCGGGUUGAUCAUUUUGCGACAGAAUCGGCUUUCGACAUAUGGUUCGCGAUCUCAGAUUUACUCUCAACGGUGAUCUCGUUCUACAGACCAGCUUCGGAUCACACAGUUGGAUGGGAAGCAGAAUUCCCCACGUUCGAGAGCAUCACGGGGGAUCGGUGUUCAGACUUGGAUUUUGCUACUUUGGGUUUUCUAGAGCUGUAUUACCAUUCUGUUUGCAUCCUUUCCUGCAGAUACAGAUUAUCUCAUCCUGCAGAUUUGUCGAAACCUUCGUAUGUUCGUCAGGGUCUUGCCGCAGUCCGUAUUCAUUCCAUUGUGGCCACGGAAUGCUCCGGAAGUUUACCACCGCUGCCUAUUAUUCCUUAUGCCUUAACGCUCUCUAUGGGUGUUUCGUACCAGCAAUUUCGCUCAAGCAAACUCAUUACUCACCUCGAUCGAGCCAAGGCCGGUCUAGAAGCCUGCUGUGUCCUGCUCGAGAGAAUAAGUGCCUAUUGGUCUACCGCAGAGGCAAUGGCCCGACUGGGACGGAAGGCACUUCAUCAGAUGGACGUUCUGAACCCUAAAUACCAGCUGCACGAUCAUGAAAAUGAGCAAUCGCUAGACCUACCGAGCGUCUGCACUCCGCGGUCUUCAGAAGAGACCAUGCCAGUCUUGUUGCCAUCUUCCUCUAAUGCUGGCCAAGGCAUACAUACGGAUAUCUUGUUGCCUAUGUACACACAAGCGCAGCCAACGCCCAAUGCUUUGGGGGUACAAAAUACCAUCAGCUCCGAUCCUGAGUGCGGCCAAUUCGCUGACAUAGACUUCUUAUUCGGAGAGUUCCUCGACCUUUCUCUUCCCACUAAUUUUUUGGAUCCUAUUUUUCUAAGCCCGGAACAGCCAGGGGCAUGA